GAAAUGAAGAAGGGCUGCUGCACUGCACAUUAUUAACCCCCCUCGAGGACCAAAAGCAAGACAGCCAACCAACCGGGCAGGAUGGAGCACACCAAGAAAGGGGGGGUAGCAUAGUUGCCGGGCGCCAAUGAUUUGCAAGAAGAGGGAUAGGAUUUAGGCAGCUGGUAGGUAGGUUUCUCAGAGAGAGAGAGAGAGAGAGAGAGAGAGAGAGAGAGAGAGGAGCCAGAUUGGGUCUCGGAUAGGUCAUAGGAGUCGAGAGUGGAGAGUGGCGGUGGAGUGAGAGAGAUUGGCCGCUGCCAGAUUCUGAAUCUCCUAUAAUCCGUGCUCCCACCAUCGCGGUGUCUCAGGGAUUAGUCUCGGUGUUGUGUGUCAUUCCAACCGCUGUCUGCCAGGUUUUUUCUCCCUCCCUCUGAUGCUGCACCUCGACAGAGUAUGGGCAUGACAUAGUUUGCUGCCGGUCAGACAGAGACAUGGUGGCAUUCUCUCGCCUAGCAAGAAGGAAAAUUUUGAACAAAGCCAGCCUAUCAAGUCAGUAGUCAGCAGAGGCAAAAUGAGCUCCCAGAGUGUUGCUAUUGGGGAGCAAAUUAUUGCUCCUAACCAAAUAGUACACGCCUGCACAUCCACACAAACUUCAGUUCAUAAGCUGUUUGAUGCUAAAUUGGACCACGGGCUCUUGAUAGAUGACACUUUGUCAUCCACAAGUCAAUCAUCAAACAUCAAGACUGAAUUGAUCCGGACAUCAAGCUUGUCAAGGAGCCUAUCAGUUAACCUUCAGAAAAGAAGCCCUGAAUCUGAUCUAGAAAGCCCGCUGUCUCACAUUUCACACCCCAAAUUUUCUGACCCAAUAUUGUCAAACUCGUCGACGUUCUGCACAAGCUUAUUUUCUUCGUCUUCAAAAAACACAGAUCCAUGCCGGCAAAUUGGCACUUUACCUUUCCUGCCUCACCCUCCUAAGUGUGAGCAGCAGGUUUCAGCUCGGCAGUCAUCGAGCUCCUCUCUUCUCUUAAAUGGUGAUACUGGCAAUGCUUUAGAUGAAGCUGGAAAGUCAGAUGAUCUGAAAGAUUUUCUCACUCUUUCUGGAGAUGCUUCUGAUGGGAGCUUCCAUGGAGAAAACAAUACCUUGGCUUUUGAUGAACAGAUGGAAUUUCAGUUUCUGUCUGAGCAGCUGGGAAUUGCCAUCACUGACAAUGAGGAGAGUCCUCAUUUAGAUGACAUAUACGGCACACCACCACAACUGUCAUCGCUUCCAGUUUCAUCUUGCUCCAACCAGAGUAAACAGAAUCUAGGGUCACCAGUUAAAGUCCAGCUUAGCUCAUCUCGGUCUUCUUCUGACUCUGCAACAACUAACAAGUCAAGAUUGAGGUGGACACUUGAGCUUCAUGAGCGUUUUGUGGAGGCUGUGAACAAGCUUGAAGGACCUGAAAAAGCAACUCCUAAGGCUGUGCUGAAACUAAUGAAGGUAGAGGGCCUAACAAUUUAUCAUGUAAAGAGUCAUCUGCAGAAAUAUCGGCUUGCGAAAUAUCUUCCUGAGCCUAAAGAAGACAAGAAGGCUUCCUCUGAGGAUAAGAAAGCACAAUUGGGUAGCAGCAGCAGUGAUUCCAGCAAAACUAAGAAUUUACAAGUGGCAGAAGCUCUAAGGAUGCAAAUGGAUGUUCAGAAACAGCUUCACGAACAAUUAGAGGUGCAAAGGCAGUUGCAGCUACGGAUAGAGGAACAUGCAAGGUACUUGCAGAAAAUACUGGAAGAGCAGCAGAAGGCUGGCAACUUGUCGCUGAAAGCGCCAACCAAAGCACAAGCAGAGUCACCUGAGACGACUUCAAAGGAGAGAAGCGAAUCUGAGGGAGGAACCACUUCACCGCGGGCAUCCAAGAACAGAAACCCGGACGUAGACGCAGAAUGCAAGUCGCCUGUAGGGAGCAAGAGAACAAAGGUUCAGGUCGAUCCUGAGAGAGAGGCCCCGUGUUCAUAGCCGUGCGGCCGAGGCCAGUGACUCUGAAUGUCUGGCCCCCGUUCUGUUUUCUUUCAGGAGCCACUUGCUACUGCUUGUAACUUGCACAUAACCUUAGUAUCUGUAGUUACCUGUUGAUAUCUUGGCAUGAAUUGUGGAAUGAUGUUUGGUAGGACUUCAGGUCUUAGCCAUUGGAUCAUAUAGCUCGACUUUUGAAUGGAUAAUGGAAGUUAAUGUAACUAGGGAAGUGUGUA